GAGGUGGCGGUGAGAGGUGAGAGGUGAGAGGUGUGAGGGAGGACGGAGAUGGCGGAGAACGGGGUAUACGGAGAAAGAGGAAGCCUCGCGCCGCUGCUCGACAUCGACGAGUCGUCGCGGGUGUCGGAGGAGCUGCUGGAGUGGGAGCCGGUGCCGUGCAACGCGCGAUGGCGGCUGGCGGUGUGGGAGUCCAAGAACCUGUGGCGUCUCUCCUGGGCCUCCAUCGUCAUCCAGCUCUUCAACUUCAUGCUCAGCCUCGUCACCCAGAUGUUCGUCGGCCACCUUGGGUCCCUCGACCUCGCCGGCGCCUCCAUCAUCAACGUCGGCAUCCAAGGACUCGCCUUCGGGAUCAUGCUCGGGAUGGCGAGCGCGGUGCAAACAGUCUGCGGCCAAGCAUUCGGCGCCAAGAAGUACCGAGCCAUGGGCGUCAUCUGCCAGCGAGCCCUGGUGCUCCACCUCGUCGCCGCCAUCCUCCUCAGCUUCAUCUACUGGUUCUCCGGCCCGAUCUUACGCGCCAUCGGCCAGUCGGACUCGAUAGCCAAGGUGGGGCAGCUCUACGCCCGCGGCCUGCUCCCGCAGCUCAUCGCCUUCGCCCUCUACUGCCCCAUGCAGCGUUUCCUCCAGGCUCAGAACAUCGUCAACCCCAUGGCCUACAUCGCCGUGGGCGUCCUCCUCUUCCAUAUCCUCAUCUCUUGGCUGGCCGUCUUCGUGCUCGACUUCGGCCUCCUCGGUGCUUCCCUCACCCUCUCCAUCUCCUGGUGGGUGCUCGUGUUGGUCACAUGGAGCUACAUACUCUUCAGCCCUUCUUGCAAGGAGACAUGGACUGGGCUCUCCAUGAAGGCCUUCCGAGGACUUUGGCCCUACCUCAAGCUUACUAUUUCAUCAGCCAUCAUGCUGGUCUUGGAAGUUUGGUACAUCCAAGGGCUUGUGCUCAUCACAGGCUACCUGCCAAGUCCAGAGAUUUCACUCGAUGCCAUUUCCAUAUGUGUCAAUUACUGGAACUGGGACUUCAUGAUCAUGCUGGGGUUAAGCAAUGCAGCCAGCGUUCGGAUCGGCAACGAGCUCGGUGCUGCUCAUCCGAGAGUCGCCAAGUUCGCCGUCAUCGUCGUCGUCACCACCAGCCUCAUCAUCAGCUUGUUCGUCAGCGUGCUGGUCAUGUUACUCCGCACUCCCUUGAGCAAGCUCUACACCAACAGCACUGAUGUCAUAAAGGCAGUCAUCAACCUAACACCCCUGCUUGCAAUCUCGAUCUUCUUGAAUGGAGUUCAACCCAUCCUCUCAGGAGUUGCUAUUGGGAGCGGAUGGCAAGCCAUAGUUGCCUAUGUGAAUGUGGGGGCUUAUUAUCUUGUGGGACUUCCCAUUGGAUGUGUUCUUGGAUUCAAGACCAAUCUAGGAGCUGCUGUAAGCGCCGUCUCCGCAUACCGUGACAUCAUUUCUCGAGGCACAUGCUUGUUAAUGUCAAUCUUUGUUCCUUCUUUUUCUCAGGGAAUAUGGUGGGGUUUGAUCAUCGGAGUCUUUGUUCAGACAGUGACUCUCAUUGUCAUCACUGCCAGGACAAACUGGAACGAUGAGGUCGAUAAAGCGAUCGAACGCUUGAAGCACACCGCAGCUGAAGACACACUUGCUAUUACCGACAUCGAAUGAACGAUCGGUCUGUUGUUGUGAGUUGUGGACGACACAGUUUUGUUGCUCUGUCCUGUAAUAAGUCACAGCGCUAGUCAUCUUUCUGUUGUAGCCAAUUUUCAUCGGGGAAGAAAUCAGUACCGAAACCAAAUCGCAUGCUCAAAAGGUUACAUGGAAGCCAAAAAAUCCAACUCUGGCAUUAUUGAUCGUAGUUUGGAUGUGCCUUUUUGUCAAGCUAUAUCAAAAUAAUGUUGGGGAUAGAGACAGAAGAUGAUUAUUAUGUACAAUUUUGGCAUUGCCUAAGAUUCUGAGACAGACUUUUCUUCAGAAAA